UCAUCAGACGCAACAACAACAUUCGCUGGUAACGGACGGACGAGCCGAGGAAACCUGGUCAUCUACAAGCAGCAUCAUGAGGCUAGCACUAUUGAGCUGCUUUACGACAUGUUUUUCGUCGCGAACCUUGCACUGAUUAACUAUCUCAAACUCUUCACUAUGAUGUGGUUCACUUGGCUCUCCACUACCCUCUUCGAUGUCCGUUUCAGCAUCGAUUGCGUGUGGAAUCGAGUCCACAAAGCCAUCCAAUUUGGUGUCUUUACUGGCUUCGUCUUCGCAGGUCCUAUAUUCGACAGGUAUAACAACAGCGGAGACGCGAUGUCGUAUAAGCACUUCGCUAUCGUGCUCGUCGUAAGCAGGGUGGCGAUCGCCAUUCAAUAUGCUGUCGUUAUGUGGCAAGGCAGAAUGUUUCGACAAACCUUGGUGCCUCUGGGCCUUAGUGCUGCAGUACAUGCAACUGCGGCUGUCGGUUACGCAGUUACCUUGGUCGUAUUCCCAAAAGGAGCAGUUGGGCUUGACGAGCAGGUUACUUGGUUCGCUAUUUCUAUCGUCGAGGGUCUGUGCAUCUUCCUCAUCGCCAUGAUCUGGCGUAUCGUCAGCUUCAAGUAUACACAUUUAGUCGAGCGGCUGCAACUUCUCACUCUGAUCAUCAUCGGUGAAGGUGUCAUUGGCCUGAUCAAAAGCGUUGCGUGCAUCACGAAGGGUCAAUCAAAUAAUAACUCGAAAGAGGUUGGUACGGUGGCUGCAGCUGUCGUCAUCCUAUAUCUUCUUUGGAUGCUGUACUUUGAUCAGCUCUCCUCCGACCGCUUCGGCACUGUGCGCCAGCAAAUCUGGUCCCUUCUCCACUACCCUUUACAUAUGGCUAUCCUGCUCUGCGUAGAAGGCAAUACAUCCCUGAUAGUAUGGAACUCUGCCGUCCAGGCCUUGAAGUGGAUGUGGAGCCUCGAACCGAACGAUUACUCCGACCCUGCCUCCGGCUUUGACAACACAAGCGAGUACCUUAUUUACCUCAACGAAAGUAUGUAUAGUAUCAAUGCACGAUUCAAGAGCAAAUACUGGAACGCAAUGUAUGACUGGGAACGCAACUUUACUGCUAUUGAGAACUACACGGCAACAUAUGGGUUUCGCACUGAGCAGUGGAACAAUCGCACCGGCGACGUUGUUCGGUAUCUCUUCGACAACGCGCAAGUAUUCGUGUUCGAGGCACAUGCUGAUUCGCUUGCGAAGCUUAAUGCUGUCACUGCACCGUCGAAUGGUCCACGAUACAAACUCGAUCGCGUCUUCGAUGUUUUCAACGUGACUGUAAUGCAGUUCUAUAUCGGCGGUGGUGCCAUGCUCCUCAUCCUGGCGUUGAUGUACUGGUUCAACAAGUUGCACAAGACCAAGUAUGAGUUCGGCGAGAUGAUUAAUAGGGUCGUGGUGGGCUUUACACUGAUGAUCGUGGGCGUAGCAGCUGUGAUUGGGAAUAAGACGACUAGGGGACUCAAGUUCCAGGCGAGCCACUGGGUCAUCCCGAUUGUGGUGUUGCUUUUUGUCGCUAGUGAG